CUCUCACAAAAAUAAACAUUAAAAAAAAUAAAAUGGGCUUUGGUCUUAAGCUGCCUUGUUUAUUGUUUCCAAUUCUCACCUUGUUUAUUGUUUCUAAUUCUAAUCAAAGCUUUGCUUUCUAAUUUUUUAAAGUUUGAGAGAGAGCAUGUGAGCGAACGUCUUUUUUUAAAAUAUUUAUUUACUAGAGGGGUGCCUGGGUGCCUCUUGGUUAAACGUCCCACUCUUUAUUUGGCUCAGGUCAUGAUCUCACAGUUCAUGGGAUUGAGCCCUGCGUUGGGCUUCGUGCUGACAUCGUGGAGCCUACUUGGGGUUCUCUCUCUCCCUCACUCUCUCUCAAAAUAAAUAAACAUUAAAAAACCCUUUGCUUUCUUAUUUACAUAUUGGAAAAAAUGUCUUGUAGAGGAGGCACCUAUAGUGUGCAUAUUUUAGUGACUUAAAAUCUUCUAAUAGCUUAUGAAAUGACUUUUAGUUCAGUAUUUUGAAUUGUCUCAGAUAGCAAAGAUUUUCAGAGCCUUUGGUGUUCUGUGAUCAAGAACAUUUGUUGUCCUUGACUGGUUUUGAAGGGAGAACAUGUUCUCUACUUUGUACCUCAGAGAGUCAGGUGUGUUCCACACUCAUUCGUCUCAAAAUUGUUUGUUCUGAGUCUUGGUGCUUUUGUUAAGGUAGAAUUUCUUUGUGAAUUACUUGUGUCAAAUGACAAAAAUAACACAAUUUCAUAACAAAUUCAGUGUCUUUAAGGGAAGAAAAAAUCCAUGGAUCUGGGGAGUACAGUGCUUCAGGAGUCGUGGAGCACUCUUUCUGAGACAUUUUUUGCAAUAGUCCAUUUUAUAGGGCACAGAAGAGGUGAUGUGGAAACAGUGCGUGAUUGGGAAGGAGGUCGGGAUUUUCUUACAAGGCUAGCAGGUCCUGUUUUUAGGGUAAGGUAAGCUAGCUAAGCUGAGUUGGAGGAUUGUGGCUGAUGUGCGUUAGGAUUCUCUGAUGGGUUUCCUGUAAGUGCAGGCUGACUUGAGUUUAGAUUUGUGGGCCAGGCCACCUGGGCAGCCUCCAUUCUGUGGAUCCUGAUGUGUGAAUUAACUUUAUCAUUUGUUGAAGUAUUGAAGUAACUUUUCUGUCUAUAAUCAGAUGAACACUUUAUAAGACAGAUUUGAAGUUUUUUUUUUUUUUUAAACACAAUACUUUGAUUAUUAUAAAGGGUAAGGAAACUUAGACUUUUUAUAAAAAUAAUUUUUUUUUUUUUAAAGUAGGUUCCACACCCAGCAUCUGGGGGCUUGAACGUGCAACCCUGAGAUCAAGACCUGAGCUGAGAUCAAGGGUUGGAUGCCUAACUGACUUAACCAUCCAGCUCUGAAAAGGACAUGGAUGAAAAUGAAAGCAACCAAUCUCUGAUGACAAGCAGCCAGUAUCCUAAAGAAGCAGUAAGAAAACGCCAAAAUUCAGCACGGAGUUCUGUAGGAAGUGAUUCUUCUAGGUUUUCCAGGAAAAGUUUCAAAUUGGAUUACAGACUAGAAGAAGAUGUAACUAAAUCAAAGAAAGGAAAGGAUGGCAGAUUUGUCAACCCUUGGCCAACUUGGAAAAAUCUCUCUAUUCCAAAUGUUCUUAGAUGGCUGAUAAUGGAGAAAGAUCACAGCAGUGUUCCGUGUUCCAAAGAGGAACUUGAUAAAGAGCUUCCAGUGCUGAGGCCGUAUUUUAUCGAUGACCCCGAAGAAGCUGGGGUGCGGGAAGCUGGCCUCAGAGUCACAUGGCUGGGACAUGCGACAGUCAUGGUGGAAAUGGACGAGCUCAUAUUUCUCACAGACCCCGUCUUUAGCUCCCGUGCGUCACCAUCGCAGCACAUGGGUCCGAAGCGGUUCCGUCGUCCCCCGUGCACCAUAGGUGAACUACCCCCCAUAGAUGCUGUCCUUAUCAGUCACAACCACUAUGACCACCUGGACUACAAUUCUGUCAUCGCUCUGAAUGAACGAUUUGGUCAGGAGUUGCGAUGGUUUGUGCCUUUGGGUCUCCUCGACUGGAUGCAGAAGUGCGGCUGUGAGAAUGUGAUCGAGCUGGACUGGUGGGAGGAGAAUUGUGUCCCCGGACACGAUAAGGUCACCUUUGUCUUUACGCCUUCCCAGCACUGGUGCAAAAGGACUCUCGUGGAUGACAACAAGGUUCUGUGGGGCAGCUGGUCUGUCUUGGGGCCUUGGAGCCGAUUUUUUUUUGCAGGAGACACUGGCUAUUGCCCUGCCUUUGAAGAGAUAGGAAAAAGGUUUGGACCUUUUGACCUUGCAGCUAUUCCCAUCGGAGCAUAUGAACCAAGGUGGUUUAUGAAAUACCAGCAUAUAGACCCAGAAGAAGCUGUAAGGAUUCACAUCGAUGUUCAGACAAAGAAAUCUGUGGCAAUUCACUGGGGAACUUUUGCCUUAGCAAAUGAGCAUUACUUAGAGCCCCCAGUGAAACUGAGUGAGGCUCUAGGAAGAUAUGGACUUAAGACUGAAGAUUUUUUUGUCUUGAAGCAUGGAGAAUCCAGAUACCUCCAUACUGACGAUGAAAACUCUGAAUGAAUGUGAGCACGUGAGCUUUUAGUGAAAAAGGUAUCCUCUAAGCUUCUAGGAAAGACUAAGAAAUUCAUGAAUAUUAGGAUGUUUUACAUUUGUAAACCACUUCUAUAAGUUUGUGUUGUAUGUUUUGUGUGACGGCUUGCUUGCUACUCCAAAUGCCAGUUCAUAUAAAGAAGAGUUCAGAGGUGGGUCAUUUAAAUACUGAAUUGGCAGAGGGGAAUUUGAAUCCUGUCUCAAUGGUAGAAGCAUUGAAAUGGAAUUUUUUUUAAAGGAUUAUGCUUUAGUGGUAGAAUUUGGAAGUUAGGAAAACUGAUUUUAAAGUCGUCUUUCUGUUCUUCUGGUGAAGGGCCUUCUACAGGUUAAGUCUAUCUACCUAGAUGGUUUGAGGCUGCACAUCUAAACUUAACUCACAUUAGAGUAAGUGAUGGAAUGGACACCCACCUGCUUACAGCAUUUCUUGUUCUAUCCACAUUAGCUUAUAUGCCAAAUGUUGAAUGAUUUAUUUUUUUAAGUAUAAAACCACAGGAGAUUGGGCUAAGUUACCAUUUUUAAAGACAUCGUUGUUUCAAAGAGGAAUAAUAUAUUCUGUUGCACAUCCCCAGUCCCCAAAUCAGAAGCUGCCUGAGUUGGGCAGAGGAAGGGAGGGUGUGGUUAUGAGGACAUGAUUGAUGACAUUUUCUAUUUUUAAUCUACAAGUCAGACCUGCUGAGCACAAAGAUCACUGCAAGGAAAUAGUAUUUUACAAAGAUAAAUGCAGAUCUUAAAAUGUUAACAAUUCCUUCUAUAUUCUCUUUUCUUUCCACCUACUCAUCCCCCCCCCCCCCCCCGUUUCUUAGCUCCAACCCUCGAUGUAUCAAUAAGAUUUAUAAAUAAUUUAUGUUUUACAUGAUUCAGAGGUCUUAUAUUUUUAUAUUAAAUGACCCAUACGCACAAUUCUGCUUUUACUAAGCUAGCACGGAAUACUAGCAGUUUAAAAGUAAUUCUGGGAAUUAGGUGACCUGAGUUAGGUCCCGUAAGGGCCCUGGGAUUGCUUGAUUGCUCUGAACAUUCCUCAGAGCCAAUGAGGUACAUUAGAGGCCCAUCCCAUCUUCCUGCUCCCCAGUCUCAGUGAAAUAAAUUUCAUUCGCAGAAUAAUCAAAGUAGGUUUUUUACAGCAUAUGCUAAACGGGCACUAUUCUAUUUAUUUUCACAUACACAUCUAUGCACGCCACCUGUUAGCCACUUAAUUGGAAUUUUAAUCCUGCUUCCACCACGGUUUUCUGUGUAUCCUGCCACAAGUCACCUACACUCACUGUGCCUCAGUUUCCUCAUGUGCAACAAGAGGAUAAUUUUGACCUACCUCCAAAAAAAUGUGAAUAGUGAUUUUUUUAAAAAGCACUUUGAAAAUAUAAGGGAGAAAAUUAUUUCUUAAGACCUCACUGCCUACUAGAGAUCUGAAAGCUAAAACUAGGCUCAUGCUUUUGGUCGCGUAUCGUUCCCAUUGCAGAUUCAAGCAUCUGUACCUAGGACAUGAAACACUGAGGAUUAACAACUUCAGCUCAUUUUGUAAAUUUGGGGAGUAAUAGCCAAAAUAAAUGUAAAUGAUCUUCAUCAAAAUUUAGCAUUUUUUAUCUUACAAAGAUGCAAAUCUGUCAGGGGGAAAUGUGUAUAUAAUGUGUGUGAAUGUAUGUGAUUUGGAGGCACUAAAGCACAAAAAAUUUCCCCGUAAGAUAACCUUCAGGAAAACAAAAACUGAACCACCAUAAACCUUUCACUCCGAAGGAACAUUCUAGCAAGCAGAUGGGAAUGGAGAAGUUAGGUUGAUGGUGGAUUAGCUUUGGGGCCUGGUGCCCUGACACUGGCUGUGUUCACGCAGUCACCCUCCUUCUGUUGCACGCUGCAUUCAACGCGCAUCUCUUGCCUCUGCUCUCUGAAGCAGACCAAGCUCAUCUUAAUUUGCUCCAUGAAUGGCCUUAACGUCAUUUCUGUAUUCAUGUGCACUGUGUAACCGCGGGGCUCUGAGCACUUUAAAUUAUGUUCUAGUUCCACUGAAUUAGGCCUGCCUCCUCACAAGCUUUAAUUUUUAUUACCAUUCACAUUAUUUCUGUGUUGACAUUUUGUUAAGUACAUCGAGCUUCAGAUCUCCUUGUACAGUCUCGUUCUAUUGAGUGAUUUCCAUUGUCUCACUUAGCUACAUUUGUACGUUUAUGUACAAAACAAAACCAAAUUUUGAAAAGCCAGAUGCACUCUUUAGCCUCUAUUCAGUCUAACCUCUGCGGUAAUACCUUUUACUCGAUCUUAUUUGAUCAGUUUUAUUUUGCUCUUUGGCACCCAUUCGAACAUGGGAGAUUUGAUUGAGGAUUCCUUCUCCUGGGGAACCCCUUGAUGUUCCUCCCUGCCUGGAGGGUGGGAUCACCCAGUGGGGGGCAAUCCUGAGAAAAGCCAAGAUAUGCCAUGAUCUGCACCAACCUAGAUCCGUUUGUGUAUUUUCACAUUUCAGACCGAAUGCUCUGAUCUCCAGGAAAUGGGAUGAUCUAUUCAAACUAAAAACAGAGGAAAGAAGAUGUGGGGUUUUAGAAUCCAGUGCUGCCAAAGCACAUUAAAGCCAAAUCCUAGUUUUUAUCAUGUGCACACUUUGAUUUUCACUAACGAAGGCAGAUUUUUAAAAAAAUCGUUAUAAAGAAAUGUGCCUUUCAGGGAAUUAGUACUUUUAUUCAUCAGUGAUGCAAACCUAAGUAGUGUUCUUAGCAUAUACACAUUACUGCUAUAGCCACCUGGGAACUUCCAUGUUUUCACCUUAAUACUGAAUCCUUUUUCUACUAUAAAAGUAAUUCUUCCAAGUUUGAUUUCUAUAUUGGGAUAAGCCUGAAAAUACACAUUUUUCUGUUUGAGGAUCUGUGACUUCCUAUGGAAAUCCACAUAUUUACGAAUGAACUUAAAGUACUCGUACAGCUUUGCCUUAACUACCUGGAGUAGGAAAACUUCUGCUUGCAUACUGGUUUACUUAAUACUAAGCAUGGUGAUGGUUAUGAACUUGAACAUUAUAAAACCUGGCUGAAUGGAAAUCUAUUAAGUUACAAUAGCUUAUGGAAUAAAAAUUUACAAUAUGUGAAAAUCUCUAAAAUAUGGAUAAAAAUGAAUAAAGUACUAUCAAGA